AUGGUCGACCCCUAUUACACGAUUACCCGCAAGUUCGUGGAGGACCGGCGAGCGAAGGCGCCCACGGACUUCGACCAGAACUUCCUCCUCUUCGGCAUGAUUCUCCGCAAGUUGCCAACGGACUUCGACCAGAACUUCAUCCUCUUCGGCACGAUUCACCUCAAGGCCAAUGUCCAGGAGAAGGGGGUCCAGGCAAUGGCCAAGGAUAUCUCCGUUUGCACAGACUAUUGGCGGGCCGUGGAGUUUUGGCUGGCUUCUGAAGGCAUUAAUUUGCCCCCAGAGGUGAGGAGCUCGAGGUUGAUGCAGCAGAUGAAGGAGCGUGCAGCGAAGAUCGUGAACCACCUCUCGGUCUCGGAUGUGGCCUGCGAGGACGGGGUCGCGAUCAUCCGGAAGGAGAUGGAGAAGUCACCGAUCAUAAAGCUUCUGGAGCACAAGGAAGUGGACCGUAAGAGGCAAAAGUUUAUGAGGUUGUCACGCUACGCCGGCGAGUCCCUGGAGAGUUUCAUCAAUCGGGCCUCGAUUUAUCGCCACGAGAAUGACAGGUGCCAGAACUACAAAGUUGGGUCCAAGUUCUACUUAGGGCACUUGUUGGACGCGGCGAAGCUCACGAGGAAGGAUGAGGCCCUGGUGAAGACGGCAGCGGGCGGCCUUCAUGAAGAAGGUCGCGUGGUGAGCGCUCUUUUGGAGCUCUCCGAGCAACUGGAAGGCCAGCCAGGCUGGCCUAUCGGGAAAGGCGAGCCGGACCUCCCGGAUGAUGAUGAGUUCCUGGUGCAGAAGAACAAGUGGAAGCAUCGCGGUGACCGAGGCGACGCUGAGGACAAAGGUGGUGGCGACCGAGGCCGCCAUCGAACGAAGGGCGGUCGCUUUGCUUCGGAUCGUUUCCGGGGAAAGUUCAAGAAGCGCUUCAAGCAAGUGUUCCAUGCGAUCCUCGAGGAUGGGAGUGACGAGUCUUCGGCGAGCAGUGACGGGCCCUCGGAAGGAGAUGGGCCCCCCCGCGAUGAUGAUGAGGAUGGCUCGGGCUCCUCAACGGAGCCUUCGGAAGGUCUGGACCAGCAGGCCCCAGCCGAGAUCUUCGCCCAGGAGCACAGAGCAAAGAAACGUGUCAACGAGUUAAAGCAGAUGCGGCAGUACUUCCAGAAGGGCACCAAUGGCGACCGCACGAAAGCCUGGGUGAAGGAACAGCAGAAGACCGAGCCGUGCUUCCUCUGCCAAAAGCUUGGACACUGGUCGCAAGAAUGCCCUCUUCGUAAGCGUGGAGGCCACAAGCAGUCAUCCUCCCACCAGGUUCACGUGACGUCUGGACCGUACAAGUCGGAUCCUGGACAAUGGGAGCUCCUGCAGUCCAUCGCGGAAUACACGGUGGGAGAUGUGUGCGAGGGACAGUCAGCAGCAUAUCCAUGUCUAGUCACGGUGGCCAGUGAAUGCGCUAUGGCUGAUCAUGAAGUUUUUUGGUCUAUGCGCGAGUUGCAGAGCAGUUUGAUUUUGGAUCUGGGUUGCAUGAAGUCGGUGGCGGGGACACGUUGGGUAAAUCAACAUAUUCGACACCUCAAGGGCUUGGGUCGCUGGAUGAAGGCCACGAAGGAGAGUGAGAGUUUUCGUUUUGGGGAUGGUCAUGAACUCAAAAGUUGCUUCUCCUUCACCUUUGAGGCCACUGUCUUGGGGGUUCCCGUCAUCCUACGACUCAGUGUGGUUCCUGGUGAUUGCCCUCCCUUGUUGUCGAAGCCUGCAUGCUCCCAGCUCAGUUUUGUAAUCGACACCGAGAACAACACAGUGUCUUCCAAGAAGUUAGGUGUUGUGAAGUAUGGCCUCGCGGAAACAUAUGGAGGCCACUAUGCGGUGCCCAUUGCAGAGUUCCAUGAGAGCAUGAGAGUGGUGUGUGAUCCUCCAGUACCCGGACACUUGGAAGCUGUUCCCGUCUAUGUCAGUGAACAAGCCCUGAGCCCCCCCGAAGCCGUCGAGCCGGUGUUGCCAUCGUCCGGAUUGCGGUCAUGGACACGUCAUGACAGAGCAGUGUCAAACACCGUGGGCCCCGGAAAAGCUGGUCCCCCGUGGUGCGUGGUGGUUCGUCGUCUCGUUUAUGACACGUUGACGGGAGAGCAGUUGCUGGAUGAAGAGGUGGACUCCCAAACCACCAUCCGAAAGCCUUGGCCCCAGAAGCUGGAAAAGCCCCCCUCUUCGGGGACCGAGCGGCCUUCCCGACAUCGCCUGAACACGGAUUCGGAGGCCGAGGAAGCCGAGGAGCACGACAGUGGAACACCGAGUGGAUGGGAGGGCGUGCGCCCCGAAGGAGAGGCCAGCUCCCCUCGAAGGCGGCCCCUCACUCUGAAGCAUGCCCGACUGGCCAGGCGAGCAGUGGCCCGGACCAAGUCGAGAGAGCGGGUGAGAUCCAAGUCGGCCGAGGCCCGCAAGACCAAGGUGAACAAGGAGGAGAAGCUGAAGGAUACGGCUCUCUCGUCGGUGACCCCGGGAUCUCGCUCUUCGAAGAGUCCGGCACCUUCCACUCCAGUCGACCCCAAGGUCUCCAAGGCGAUCCUCGAGGCGCGCGCGAAGGAGCUCGAGGACAAGUUGUGGAGGCACAUGGACCCGAGGACGAUCCACACGCCCGGCUCCAAGGCGACAAAGAUGUAUUGGGUGACCCGGGUGGAGGAGCUCGAGAAGGAAUGGCGUCUUUGCCAGAUGACGCCCGAGGAGAUGGAGCUGGACAGGCUGUCCCAGGAUGGCGAGAACGACUCCGAGAAGGGCGACCAGGAGGCGAUCGACGUGGAGGCCCUCAAGGAGAGCAGCGAGAAGGCGGUGAAGAAGGCCAAUGUGAGACGUUCGUCGACCCCUGCACCACCGAGGCCGAACUCAGCGCCCUCUACCUCCACGACCGGACCUCGAGGAAGAGGAGCCCCCAAGGUGAAGGCCUUGACGGACCAUGCGGCUCCCUUCCCCUCCCUCUCGAACAAGUUCUCGGACGACGUCGUGAUCAACCUGGCGCUGAGCCUUCAGGGGCAGCUCUUCGCGUUCAAGUGGAAAAUGUUCACCUGGAUGUUGAGGGUGCGCCGAGCAGUGCGCCUCGAGUGCGGGCCCAAGUCGCGCUGGAAGAGGAACCCGAGGUGGCUGAUGCUGUUGUUCGGGAAACAAGUGGCCUCGAUGUGGGGCCAUCUCGGACUCACGCAGAAGCUGAGACGAGGUGCAGGACAGGGCCAGAAAGCUUUGGGGAUUUUGACUUUGGUGGCUGCCUGGCAGAGCAAGUGGUCCGUCCUCGAAGUGUUUCCGACGGGCCUGGAGGCCCAAGGCACUAGGGCUGGCGGCUGGGCACACCAAGGACCGCUGUGGACCGACGACAAGCCCCCGACCUGGAGGCAGUGCCGACAACUUCGAGAUAAGGCUGUGGAGGCCAAGCCGGACGUCCUCGUGCUGUGCCCCCCUGCAGGACCUUGGUCUCCCUGGUCAUCGGCAUCUUCAAUGACUCAGGCUCAGUUGCGGCAGCAGAAGGUGAAGUAUUGGCCUAUGUGGUACCUCAUCGGCGAAUUGUGGGCCGAGCAAUGCGCCAACCAUCGGUUGGUGAUCUUGGUGGUGCCGAGUAAGAUGAGGCCGCCCGACCCGGAUGAGCUGCGUAGGCUCCACAGCGACCACUAUGCGGGAGGUGGACGAGGACUGGACCCGGGACUAUAUGAAGGUGAUCAACUUCGGGACCCCAAGUUCGAGACGAAGGUGGAUAUGUGUGAAUGGGGAACUCUUGAUCCCGAGAGCCAGCGGCCCUUCAAGAAGUCAUGCCGGGUGGAAGUCAAUGAUCCUUGGUGGUGCGCUCAGCUUUCGGCUGGAGGAGUUUGCCGCCAUGCCCCCGGAGCUCAUCAAGAGGUCUGCGGGCACACCUAUGACGCCAACGGACGGCGGGUGGCCCGAAUGGAGAUCGCUCAGGUCUGGCCCCCUCGAUGGUUCCAACAUCUGUGUGAGACGGCGCAGGCCACCCUGGAAGCCCGGACGGCCCCUACGAUGACUUUGGCCCUCCACCAAGAAUGCUCCAAGGAGGUGGAGUGGGAAACUGUUCCGGUGGAGGUGGAACAGUCUCCAGAAGGACAGCUACGGCAAAACUUGGGCGAGGCAACGGGCUACCAGUACGACUACAUCUACUUCGAGGGUGCCAGCGCAUCGUUGACCAAACCCCUCCGCAACACUUUGGCGAAGCUCCAUGUGGCUCUAGGCCACAUUUCUCAGGAAAAGCUGAAGCGAAUGUUACACCUACAAGGUGCUAAGGACCACAUCAUUGCGGCGGUGGGCGACCUUCGAUGCCAAGUCUGUCAAGCGGUCACGGCCCCACGCGCCCCUCCCAAGGCCGCUUACGGGAAGCCCCAAAGAUUCAACCAGCGGGUCCUCGCCGAUGUGUUCUUCAUCUGGGACUCCCAGAAGACGAAGUAUGCGGUCAUCCAUGCCGUGGACGCCUUCUCCUUGUAUCAGGUGGCCUCGCUCAUGCCCACGGCCAAAUCGAACCUUGUGGCUCACUUCAUGAAGAACUAUUGGAUUGGUGUGUUCGGACCCCCGGAGAUCUUUAUGAGUGAUGGUGGGUCUGAGUUCGCAGCGGAGACGGAGUCUCUGAUGAGGGCCUAUGAUGUGUUUCACGAGGUGGUCCCCCCAACGGCAAAGUGGCGAAUGGGUUUGGCCGAGCGGCACGGAGCAGUCCUCAAGCUCCUGACGAUGAAAACCAUCCAGGCGGUGACGGCCCAGGGCUACAGCGAGGUCAAGGCGUGUGUGGUCAGUGCUGCAGCGGCGCGAAACCGCCAGGCCCGAGUGUCGGGUUUCUCCCCAACACAGAUCGUGCUGGGGAAGGACGUGGCCAUCCCCUCCUCCCUCCUGGACCAGUUGGAGAAGGGACACUUCCGCUAUGUGCUGAACCAGGACCUCGCCUUCGACGAGGCCCGGAAGAGGAACGAGCAGAUUCGCCAUGCCGCGGAGCAGGCCUUCAUCUGGAUGGAUGCGAACGAGACCUUGCGCAAGGCGAUCAACGCCAAGACGAGGCACCCCCGGAUGGAGUUUCUGUACGAAGGGGCGAACGUCUACUUCUACGAGCCGCCAGCGUCGAGGCGAGGUUUGCCCCGUCGACUGCAAGAUCAGGUCUCGUGGAUGGGACCGGGUGUGGUGGCGGCCCUGGAGCGCCGCGACGGCGCGAUACGCCGGGUCUGGGUGAGGUACCGCAAUAAGCUGAAGGGCCUUCCCCUCGAAUACAUCCGACUGGCUGCUGCUGAGGAGGUGGAGUCGUCGAAGGUGUGCCAGAAAGCCCUCCAUGAGCUGGAGAAGGAACUUGAAGGUGGACGCCCCGAGAUCGAGGAGAUGUCCGACAACCCCGACCGCGAGGAGAUCCUGGAGCCCAUGGAGUUCAGCGACGACAGCACGGAGGAAGCAGCGGCCCCGCCCGAGGACCAGCGGUACUCCCACUUAGACGACGUGCCUCUGCAGUUCCGGAAGGACAAACGCGAGAGCGUGGCAGCCGCUCCAGGGCCCAUGAAACGAGUGAGAUUCGAGGACGCCAAGAAGGACGCCCAAGAGCACCUGGACAAGGUGAAGGCCCUGGAUGUGAAGUAUGAGCCGGGCGCACGAUCGAAGGAGACCCCUGAAGGAGCCGCCUCGCAAUCAUCCCGAGAUCCAGCGCCGCCGCCUCCCCCUGCAAGCCACAGGGGACAUGGUGUGUUACACAUGCAGAGGGUGUGGCACCUCGAUGGGGCCACGAGGAGUCAAAGGAAGAUGAUGCUGGCCGCUAAACGCCAGGGUUGGGCUGCCUAUGCCCUGGACAUCGACGAGCUCACCGAGAACCUCACUACGAAGAUCGCCGAGGCCUCCAAGGAGCCCCCCCAGACAACUGUGGAGGAACCAGUGACGGGGAAGCCGAGGCAGGAGUUCAAAUGGAACGGCCUCGAUGGCGACUGGAGGAAGGCCUUCCUGGCCCCUCUCAAGAAGGCUAUCGACGUGUACGCGGACAAUGACGCCAUCGAGCCCGUGCCCCUUGGGAAGCCGGUGCCCCCGGAGAAGAUUCUCCCGUCACGUUUCGUCCUCACUAACAAGAGCGACGACCCCGAGCUGGAGAAGGCCAACCUACGGGCCAGAUGGGUUUUGGCAGGCCAUCUGGACAAGGAGGCUGGACAAUACGCCACGGAGGCCCCUACGGCAAGCUUGGUGGGCCACAACUUGGUUUGUUUCGUGUCGGCCCAGAUGGGAUGGAAAAUGAAGUACGCCGACAUCUCCUCAGCUUUUCUCCAAGGAGAGAAGCUGGAUGAUGAGCGGGUUGUCUACAUCAAGAUGCCCCGCGGCUACCCAGAGGAGGUUUGUGAUCACCUUCGCCACCGACUCGGCGAGCGCAUGCCCGGCAGCAUCCGGACCGAUGUUGUGCGACUCACCAAGGGUGGCUUCGGCUUGGCGGAAAGCCCUCGUCUGUGGUACCUGCGUUUGAAGCGGGGGCUCGUGAGUCUGGGCCUCAAGGAGCUGAAGCUGUCUCCUGGGACCUUCGUCCUACACCUGAAGGGUAAACUUCGUGGCAUCCUGUCCAUCCACGUCGACGACCUGAGGAUGGCCUUCGACCGCAUUGCCGAGGCCAUCCUGGAGAAGCUGAGGACCGUCUUCCACUUUGGUGAAUGGAAGGAUGCCACGACUGAGACGGUGAAGUUCUGCGGACGAUGGGAGCGCCAAUGCCCAGACACCUUCAAGGUCACUAUCACGAUGGACGGCUACGCACCCAAGCUGAAGGAUGCCCCGGAAAGGGACAGCAAGGACCGCGCGCCCCUCACAGAUGCCGAAAAGAAGUGGGUGGCCUCAGUUGGAGGGCAGUUGAAUUGGAUGGCCCGACAAGGCCGGGCCGACCUCGCCUACGGCAUCUCUCGGGUGCAGCAGAUGGCGGGAGCACGCGACCCGGACACGAUCAAGAUGUUGAACCAGCUCGUCAAGAAGGCCCGCGAGCCCUACGAGUUGGUUUACCAGCGCCUCCCCGGUACCGUCGAGGACAUGGUGUUCCUGGCCGUGAGCGAUGCUUCCCACGGCAGCAUGCCGAAGGGACGGUCCCAGGGAGGGAUGAUGAUUCUGGUCGCCAACAAGGAGAUCUUGGAGGGCGAGAGCCUAGUGAACUGCCUCCUCUACCAUAGUGCCGUGCUCAAGCGUGUGGUCCGGUCGUCUCUGGCAGCGGAAAUUUCUCAGGCGGCCGAGACUCUGGACCAGUGUGAGUAUGUGCGUGCCAUGAUGGCAGAGGUCUGGGAUCCGCAGUUCACUCUGCAACUUUGGCGAUGGUCAGCGGCUCGCUGGCCGGAAGUCCUCGUCCUCGACUCCAAGACCGGCUACGAUGUGUUGAACAGCAUCAGCAACGGCGAGGACAAGCGCCUGGCCAUUGACGUGGCGAUGAUCAAGGAGGCCAUUUUUGAGGAGGACUCCAAUCGUUGGGUCCGCUGGGUUCCCGGCCUCACCAUUCCCGCGGAUGGCUUGACGAAGGAGUACGGCAAUCCCGUCCGCGACAAGGUCAUGAAGGGCGGGCCCUGGAGUCUUAAAGAUUGCGAAGAAGCUCAACGCCUCCGUGAAGAAGCCGGGUUCAGAAAGCGCAAAUGUAAAGAUCGUGCGCGAGCCAAAGAGAAGGCUUUUGAGGAGACACGCCUGAAAGUGCAGUCUCCGCCCAAUCUGUCAGAUGGGCUCGCAAGCACAGUGGAGAGAAACGGGUCCCCGGGGACCAUGGCCUCCCUGUGUUGGGCUGUGGUGCUUUUGGCCUCCAAUGUCCCAGCGAGGGGCGAGGAGGAGCCACGAGGGCCUCUGAAGAUCGAGACCUUCUCCUGGAAAGGCGGGGACCGUGUGGAACGCAUUGUGCGUACCAUCCGCGAGGACGACGACGAGGAGGGUAAUUUCAAUACCUUCCAUCACAACAAGACUGCCGGGGCCCGAGGAAUACAGGCUCGUUUAGAUCGGCCAAUAAGCAUCCAUCGUGCAGCGCACCAACGAACGAGAGGCUUGGUGUGUGCUGCAAGAAGCAUCUGUGCGUUUGUAACAAGCAAGAAUCUGUUUCAAGAGCCUAGCCGUGGAUGA